GUAGUGUGUCACGAUCCGAAAAUUACGACGUUGUUGAAUUGAACGGGGCACGUUCCUUUGUUCUGUUCUGUUCUUCACACUCUUUCUUUCUCCUAUAAUAUAAUAACUACCCACCCAUUGUCAAUGCUUUUCUUCUCAACUUCCAUCAUCUUUCAGGUUGUAGCUGAUUUGCUCACUUGAUGAAGAAUUCUUGAUCAAAUAAUAUUUUUAGUUGUUUUUAUUUAAUUCCUUUAGAUGAAGACUGGCUCCAUGAUUUUUUCCUUUUUGCAAGUACCUAGAUGCAGAAUACACAGCUUAGCUAAUAAUUGGGGUGAAACCUUCCACAGCUUCAGUAACAUUUAUGAAAACAAUUCUAGUGUUAGGGUGCUUGGUUCUAGAAUUUAUGGACUUCAGGGAGGGCACAGAAAAAAGUGGACUCGAAGACCUAUAACUACAAAUACAGAAGGCAGUGCGGGCACCAAAUCAAGAAGCACCAAGCAAGAAAUUUUGAGUGAAACAAUUUCAACUAGUUCUACAGUAAAUGUAAAUAAAACACAGCUAGGUCAAAUCCCAGAAAUUCAGCACUGUGACAUACAACAAGAGAUAGCUCAGAAUAAAGACUUAUCUAGCUUAGUCACUGUUAUUGUUUUUGAUAUUGAGACCACCGGGUUUAGCCGAGAGAAUGAAAGGAUCAUUGAGAUUGCGCUUCGAGAUCUUCAGGGUGGUCCGUACAGCACUUUCGAAACUCUUGUAAAUCCUCAACGCGGUAUUUAUAAUUCACAUAUACAUGGCAUUACUACCCAGAUGGUGAACAAUCCUCGUGUUCCGAGGAUGGAGGACCUGGUUCCCUUCUUAUUAAAAUAUAUUAAAAGCCGCGAGAAGCCUGGGGGAUAUGUGUUAUGGGUUGGUCAUAAUUCUCGUGUUUUUGAUGUGCCGUUCAUCAUUAACGAGUUACGUCGUUGUUCUACACAGAUUCCUCUGAAUUGGCUUUUUGUCGACACACUUCCUUUAGCACGUCAACUAAUGAAGUCUGAAGGAACAAAGCUUUCUUCGGUAUCCCUUGCUGCCCUUCGUGAGUUCUACGAAAUUAAAGGGGAUGGCCCAGCUCACAGAGCCAUGGAAGAUGUGAACACAUUAUCCUCGAUUCUUCCCAAGUUGACCUCUGAUCUGAAAUUGACACUAUCUGACCUCAUCGACAAAUCAUUCAGAGAAGAAGACAUUAUCAACUCUAAGAAGAAGAAGAAUUCAAACUAGUUUUUGCAUUGACAUGUGACCAAAAACAUUAUUUGUAAUUGUAACCAACAACUGAACUCAAUAUUUGAAGGAGAAAAAAAAACUUUUAUGCUCAAUAAAACUCUCAUGCCCUGUACCAAAUGCUGAAGCUUUUACUUCGCAGUGAGAAUAUUACUGAUUUAGGUUUAGUGGAUAGCAGUGCAUAACUGUAAAAGUAGGUAGUUAAAAUGGCAAUACCUGCGAAUCUGUGGAGUUUUGGAUAGAAAGAAAAAGGAAGAGACAUAGAGGAUUGUCUGAUA